AUGGCAACGGCUCGGAUCGUGAUCCGUAGCAUUGGCAAAAAUUUCCUGACUCGACCGAUCUGUGUACAAACGUUCUCCACCAACAGCAUGCCCAAUCAUCUGGCCAUCUCGGACAGUUGUGGAGGAGUCUAUAUCACGGACUUCCAAGGAAGGAUCAAGGAACACGUGCUGGUGAAGAACUCCUCGGCAAGUUCGGUGGCCAUCGAUGAAAAGAAUGACGUGAUGUAUGUUAGUAUAAUGCAAUCGAAAGGACGAUCGGUUCACGUUUUCGACAUUGCGAACGGCUUUAAAAAAUUGGAUAUGAGGUCGACGCGGAUGGUUGAACCGUUGAGACCGAGGGGUCAGCUGUUCAUGGUUAGCGGCGACAACGUGAAAAGUGCAGUGUGGUGUUACGUCAGGUCUAAAAAGCAGCUUCUUAUAGGCAUGGAAAACGCUCAAAGAGUCGAGGAAAACCCGUUAUCAGUAUAUCAGUGUGGCAGAAGACCAGCGGAAUACAAAGCUGUUGUCUUGCUGACCUGUGAUGCCGCCAACAAUCGCCUAUUGCUGUUCGUCAUUGACCACACCUUAUCACUUAUCAACGAGUACGAUCUCAGUAAGACUUAUCGUCUCGCAGAGCACCUCUCCAGUCCGGCGUCGGCCAUCGUAGAUCAGUACGGAAAUCUGCUUGUGUUGGACUACGCAAACGGUAAGCUCUGGAUUCUGCUCUCUGGAGUGAAAGGAGUACGUCGAUUGAAGGAGAUUCAUUUCGAGGAACCGCUCCAUUCACAAGAAGCCCUUGGAAUUAGCGCUAGCGGUGACGAGGUGUUCGUGGCGUGUUUCAACCGCUGUGAAGUCCGUGUGACGAAGUACCUCCACGAUGGCGUGCUGACAGCGUUCAACUCGGCUGCCGUUCGUGCGCCGUCAGACAGCCGUCGAAGUGCCAGCGUGCCACGACCGCCCGAAAGUCAGGUGUAG